CCAGGAAAUGUGAAGUUGGGCCGUGCUGGGUUUCAUAGCAGCGUAACAGACACACUAGAUCUGAGGAAAGGAUAGCUCGCAGUCCUAAGCUGAAGAUGGCCGGUUCCUCCUCCUGGAUCUUAAUUAUUUUCUUGGGCAUCUUCUCUGUAUCUGCGAAUGGUCCCAGGGGCCGUAUCCUGGGGGGAAUUGAGAGUACCCCCCAUCAGAGGCCCUACAUGGCAUCUCUGCAGGAGGAUGGGACACACCUCUGCGGAGGGUUCCUGAUUGCCCCUCAGUGGGUGCUGAGCGCGGCCCAUUGUCUGGAGGAUACGAAAAAUGGGACAUUCCAGGUCCUCCUGGGAGCCCAUUCUCUCUCAGAAUCCGAACCAAACAAGCGUCUGUAUGGGGUCCGUCGGCUCAUUCCUCACCCAGGGAGCAGCGAAGACACCAUUCUCCAUGAUCUCUUGCUUGUCCAGCUUGAAGAGCCAGUGGCCCUUGGCCCACACGUGCAGAUCGUGGCUUACCAGACUGCAAACAAUGAUGUUCCCGAACAAACUCUGUGUGAAGUGGCCGGCUGGGGCAUUAUCAGCAAUACGGGAAAGAAAACGGACAAGCUGCAGUUUGUGCAACUCAGCAUCAUCGGGCGAGGUCGAUGCAACAUGAGGAGAUUCCAUGAUGGCAGUGUGACGGAGAACAUGAUGUGCGCUGAAUCCAGGAAGAAAGAUUCCUGCAAGGGAGAUUCUGGUGGACCUAUUGUUUGCAAUGGCACUGUUGAAGGCAUCGUGACCACUGGCUCCACUGUGUGCGGCAACUGGAUGAAACCUGGCAUUUAUACCCGGACCGCUCCCUACGUCUCAUGGAUCACCAGCACCAUGGCCUCCCACAGUUAAGUCGAAUGAGAGAUUGCCUGGUAUCUCUCAGCACCAAGGCUUCAAGAUGCAAAAGGGGAUGGAGAAUUCUCCCAAGAGCUUCAGAAAGGAAUUCUCUUCUCAUAAGUAAUUAUAGAAUAUGGAGCUUUUUUCUUUUUUUUUAUCAAGAGGUACCAAAACAUCAACCAGCACUGCUCACCAAGGAAUGUUGCCAGUUUGUAAAGGAAAAAAUAAUUAAGUGGAAAGCAAA